AUGUGUUCCAGCCAAGAGCUCUUGAUCGAAGGACUCCUCUUCCAGCGCCUUGGCGAGUGGCAGGAGCGCUUGCGGCGCUGUCAGCAGAUGGAAGAGGAGAAGCAGAGCUGGGAGAAGAAGUUGCAAAACAUCCGUGUGGACUACAUUCGGGAGAUCGAGAUGCAGCGCCUGAAGCUGCGCGCCUACGAAGCCAAGCGCGAGCCGCAGGACCGGCGGAAGAGUUCUAUGGCUGGAGUGCGAGAGAUGGAAGUUCAGACAGAGUCUGAGUUGCACAAAGAUCUGCAGGCGCCACUGCCAGAGAUCAUGUCCCUCUGGGAGAAGUCCCUGGAUUUGCAGCAACGUUUGGACACGGUCUUUCGUCGCAACAUGGCCUUCGACAAGGUGGAAGAUUGUAUCUUCAAAGUGCACCGUGCAGUCCUGGAUGACCAGCACCACAACGCGUUCCUGGGGAAGGCGCUGGUGGAGCUGGUGGAGCUGCUGAGCUGUCAGAGCUUGGCGCUCAACGAGGCCAGGCAGCUGGCGGCGCAUGCCUUGGAGGGACGGGACGUGGCAGCGAUCCCUCGGGAGGACAUCUUUGCGAUUUUGACGGAAGAACUCCGACUGGAGUUGCAGCAGGCCAUUUCCAACGACACCCUGGAUGCCUUGGAGGCCUUGGUGAAUGGCGAGGAACACGGCCAGGCCAAGACGGAGCAACUGGUUCUGCAGUUGAGAGGAAUGGUGCGACGGUUGCAAGAUCUCGAGGACGAAAACGACUUCAUGGCCAAGAAGCGGGACCCAGGCGUGCACAAUGUGGUUGUCCCAUGUGGUCCCGAGGUUUUUUCGACAGGGGAAGAUCCGCUGAAAAACAUGGGAAGAUUGGCCUCCUGGAGGGAAGCGAAAGACUUGGAGAUUCCCCCCAUGCAUCCGCACGUGACGCUGAUCCGUGAUGCCUUGUCUUCGGCCAAGGCCUUGAACGAGACCUUGGAGCUCGUGAAGACGGCCUCGCAGAAGUGGCGGCAAGCGGCCAGUCCAGUGGCAUCGGUGGAUUCGGCGAUUCCUUCGCAAACGAGCCCGCCGGCGGAGGCCGCAGAGAAGUCUGUGAGCCAGGAGGACCCGGACCAUGCGCCCGCGAUGUCCGCAGCUUCGAUGGCGCCGUCGGAAGAGUCGCCCCUCUCGCGCGGCGAGGUCUUGUCACAGGUGGACGAGCACAUUAUUGAGGCGCCUCCAGAGUCCGAUGCUGAGCUUGAGGGGCUGGACACGCCUCUCGCAGCACUUGCCUCUUGCCGCAAACUGGGCUGGGAGGCUGCGAAGGUCCACUACUUGGAACCCCCAAUGAUUUGGUUGGUCAUGGGUGGAAGCCGAACGAAUGGCAGCCGCCCCAGGGCAUGGGAUAUUUACAGCCAGGUGUCCGAUGCCUCCACCAUGACAGCUCCGCAUCUGCUGUUGACUUCUCUUCUGAAGUCCAAGGACGUGGUGUGGACUUCAGUCCCCUUGGGCUCUGAAAAAAACUUUCAAUGGAGCUUGAUGCCAGCGCUGAAACAUGGUCAUGAGGAUUUCCAUGGGAUUUCCAUGCUGGAACGCAGCUUCAAGCGCAUGGACGCUCUGCUGGAGGCAUCAGCAGUGCCGCUUCCCUCGAAGGUCUUGGCCGGGCGCGCGCCAGGCACGCUGUGGCCCUCCAUCUCCCCAUGGGCCUGGUCCAGCGUAGGGGGCGGGCUGGAGCUUGCGCGUAUCACCUCCGAGCCUCCCUUGGGCUCUGCCUCUGCCGCCGCCUUCGGCGCGCUGCGCGGAGCAUGCGGAGCUCUGCCGCGGCCGCGGGCGGAGCAUUGGGGCGGCCAUGGAACGAGCUGCGCGGAGGCUUUGGACCUUCAACCCACCACCAGCAGCGUGCGCUUCUCGGAGUGGCGUUCUUCCUCACGCGAGGUGGCAAGAAUGUCCAAGCGACGAGCGAGAAGCGCACAUGGUCAAAGCGAGUCGAAGGAUGGCGACGAGCCGGGCGAGCCCCGACUAGCAGAGGUUUUGGUGACACAAGUGCCACAGGGCUCCGUCUCCGCGGUGACGGAGCGGCGGCGGAUGCGCGCGGAGCGGGAAGGAGAUGACCAGCUGGUGCAGCAGUGGCUUGCAAGGCUCAGAGAGCCCUUACCGGCGGUCAGCAAGUUCGAGGGGCAGGAACCACGGCAUGCCACCAGUUUGGUGAGUGUAGCGUCGGAGUUUCAAGAGUCCUGUCGCAGAUAUUCCCACGAGUCGGCGCCCGAGGUUUUCAUCUACUUUGAUGACAACUCCACGGAACCCGACAGCCGCCCCAGCCGUCCCAGCACCGCGCGCACCUUUUCACGGCCCUCCAGUGCCACCCCAAAUCCGCGACGGCCCUGGACAGGUCGCCGGCCGCUCCCCAUGUCGAAGGUGGCUUCGACGAGGGAUGAAGAGCCUGAGGAGGCACCUUCUGAAGCGAAUGAUGCCGUCACAGAGGACACCUGGCAGCUGCCACGUGCCCCCGCCUUCGUGCCGCGCGUGCCGCCCAUGCGACGCAUCAAGGCGCCGAGCCAAUCGGGCCACUCGGGGCCUUCGCGGCCGCGCUCGUCGAAGAGGCCGAGGCCUGCAACGGCAGAGCGCAAAGUUCACCGGGCUUAUGUGUGUCAUCGUCCGGCGUCUGCUGCGUAACUGGCCAGCCGGCUCAGCCAGCGAACCAAUAACACCAACCAAGAUUUUUCGUGC